AUGUCAUCUCCUGCCGCUUCACCCAUUCAAGUUUCCCCCUCGCCGCCCCUAGAAUUGCGGCAUAUUACUUCCAGCGGUGCACUCACCCCUCAGAAGGACGCAAAUAAGCUGUCCACACGUACAUCACAACAUCUCUCUCAUCGUCUCGGCUCACCAUCAGCCGGAUCCAUUCCGUCUUCACCUACAUCCAUUCACUCAUCGUCAUCCGCCAUUUUCGAGCGCGACAUCGAACCUAUCUCCCCAUCACCAUCACAGUCCCAUUCGAAUCCACAUCGGACCCCCAGAGGGAAAUUCACGGAGCAGCUCGACCAAGCGGUUCCUUCGGUUCUUGAUUCGGCCGCGGCAGUCCUUACCUCGUCUUCCUCUCCGAUCGAUGAGCAGAACAUAGCUAUCGUUGCUCCAGCACCUGACAUCGGGUCCCGUAGCGGCUUGACCAGUCCAUCGUCCCGCAUGAGCAGCCGGAGUCCCAGUCCCAGCGCCGGUUUUGGUCACGGUAGCGCAGGAAAUAGGACGAGCGCGUUCAUGAACCUGCCCAGUCCGAGCCCGAGCUUAACUCUUCCGCUCCCAUUGCACACGACGUCUACUACUAUAUCUGCUGGAGCUCCUAGUCCGACUGCACCCGCCUUUCAAUCCCCCCUGGCGAGGCCGAAUUUGCAGAGUGCUAUCAGUACGCAGUCUGUGAGCACACCGCAGCCGCCUGGUGCGUUCAACACCGUGUCGUCUACACCGACGUCGGCAUAUUUCUCCACGGCGUCAUCAGAGGAAUCUUCACCGACGACGACGACGCACGAGCAUGGGCUACCCCAGACACAGACUUUAACUACAACAGCUGCUUUGUCUCCAUCCGACGGCGACACGACCUCGCAGGUUGCAGGUUCGCCGACGCAGAGCGCUGUAAACACCGUCUCCCAUCCUCCUUCUCCGCGCGUGGCCAACAAUCGGCUUUCGUUCAUCUCGUACAAUGACUUGCUCACGAGCACCCCUACUUCGACGUUACCUCUCUCGUCGUUCACCACCUCGAUCUCGUCCGACCCACCUCCCCACCUACCGAGUGUGCUUGGUGUCCCGCAGCACAUGGCGGGUUCUGCCGCGGGCAGUAUCCACAGCAACCCUAGGAGCAGUUUCUAUGGGGAGCGCGAUAUCAGGGAGGGAAGAGAGGGGCUGUUACUGGACGAUCAGGGUGGGGAGUGGGAGAGGGAGGGCCUUGGGCAGGGAUUAGAGGAGAGGUUAGAUAAGCUUAUGGGUGUGGGUGCAGUUGGGCUUGGGAAAGCCUAG